GCCUCUAAAUUUGGCUGCAAGAGGAUCAUAACUUGCCGAGUUUCUAUUUGCUCAAGCGAGUUGUUGGCGCAAGCGCUGCCUGUAUGGCGGACCUGGGCGGGGAAUACAAAGAGGAAAUGUAGCAGCGGCUGGGCGUUUGCAGCUGAUUUCUCUCUUCCCCCGCCUCCGCCCCCGUAAUGCCGGAAGGAAGCAGCUUCUGUACUCCAGGAUCUGAGCCUUAGGGCUUUGCAAGCUAGCUAGAAAAGAGAAAAUCUCCAACCGCUUUACUUUGCCCUGGUGCGCGCCAACUCGCAAGGAGCAAACCAUGGCCGCGGAUCUCCCUCCCACCAUCUCGGUCCAGCUGGUAGAGGAGCCCAGAUUGCUGAAGCUGAAGAAGAUGUUCAUCUCUAAAUUUAAAUCAACUCCCAAGUUUUAUGCUCGGGCACCAGGGCGAGUCAACUUAAUAGGUGAACAUAUAGAUUAUUGUGGAUAUGCUGUGCUCCCAAUGGCCAUAGAGCAAGAUAUACUUAUAGCUGCUGAACCUCUAAACACCCCAGCUAUCCAUCUGGCCAAUACAAACCCUUUGUACUCGGAUUUUACGACAAAUGCCAACAACAUUCAAAUUAAUCAAAUGGAACCUUUGUGGCACAACUACUUUCUAUGUGGAGUCAAAGGAAUUGAGGAUCAUUUCAGUCUUGACAGCCCAAGCGGCAUGAACUGCCUUGUAGAAGGCACCAUCCCUCCAAGUUCUGGCCUCUCCAGUUCCAGUGCCUUGGUCUGCUGUGCAGGACUCGUGACCCUUAUGGCCAAUGGAAAGACUCUUCCAAAGGUGGAGCUGGCUGAACUCUGCAGCAAGAGUGAACGCUACAUUGGCACAGAAGGAGGAGGCAUGGACCAAUCCAUCUGCUUUCUCGCGGAAAAGGGAACUGCCAAGCUGAUAGAGUUCAAUCCUCUUAGGGCAACUGAUGUGAGGCUUCCAGAGGGAGUAGCUUUCCUUAUUGCCAACAGUUGUGUUGAAAUGAACAAGGCAGCGACUUCUCAUUUUAAUAUUAGGGUGAUGGAGUGUCGUCUGGCUGCAAAGCUUCUAGCAAAAUCCAGAGGCCUAGAUUGGAAAGCUAUGGCAAAGCUCCAGGAAGUGCAGGUCAAGCUGAAACUAAGCUUAGAGGAAAUGCUGGCUGUGGUUGAGGAGGUGUUUCACCCUGAGCCUUACAGCAUAGAGGAAAUUGGGAAAAACCUGGGAAUUAGCUCCAAAGAGCUACGCACUCAGAUCCUCAGCCAGAACACACAAGACGGGUGCAGCAGGAACAAACUAAAUCAAUGCAUGCAACUUAUGUUCUUCAACUACUUUAAAGGACAGUGCCAAUGGGGCAAAAAUGUCUGGUUCUGACAUGGGAGAUAUGUCAUCAAAGCAACUUGCAUGCCUCAGAAAACCAAAGGAGGUGGAGGAAAGAGACCGGCUUGUUCUGUAAGAUAUUUAGCAUGUGUUCUAAAUUCCCUCCUUUUAAAUAAAUAGAGGCUAUUUUGAUUUUGAUCAUUUGGCGGGGGAGGUAACUUUUGAUUUAGGAAGUGAAUUUAAUGCACUCUUAUUUGCUUGGCAUAUAGUCUUAGUAUUUCUGCCUAUUCUUAAAUGAGCCAACCACAUUUUGCUGUGCACAUGGAACAUUUUUAGAAUGUUGGCUGUGUCUAUAUUUAAAGCCUUUCAUGCUAAUGGCCUGGUUUCCAUGUCACAUGGUUAAAAAAAAAAUCUACGGUUUAAUGUGAAUGACCAGUGCGCUAGUGCACCGUGCUCAAAAGUUCACACUCCUGCUGCACCAUGCACCGGAGUUUGGCUUAUCACAUUGUCUGAACCUGGGCUUGUGGUUUGUUUUCCCCCAACCAUGAGUGGCAAACAAGUUUUGUUCUUAGCAUACUGCUUGUGGUUUGUUUGGAGGAAACAAAUCACAACAUCAAGUUCAGACAGCAUGGCAAGCCUGACUCUAGUUUGCUUAGUGCGUGGCAGCAGCAGGAGCAAGAGAGGAAUUUCCCAGGAACUUUUGAGCAACGCUCACUCCAUAUUUAUUAUUUCACCAACAUUACUAUGCAUGGUGCCCUUGGAGUAACAUAAGCAAAGAAAAACCAACCCAGGCCCCUGUUCCCAGAGAGUUUAUCAUUUUAAAUGUCAGCAGAGAGGGAAGGAAUAUAAGGGAAGAGCAACAGGUGGCUGCAAAUGCACUUAGGUACUUAGUUUUGUUUCAGGGUGAGGACUACUGGCUUAAGUGAUAAAUUAGGGUGAGAUUUUACUAAGGAUUUGAAAAUUGUACCACAGGUGUCUUCUGGAAGUCAUAGGGGACAGCAAGGAAGACAGGGCAGAGCUGUUUGUAAGGGAACAGGAAAAUUUGCAGUUAAUAAUCAUGGAUUGAAGUGGGUUAUAGAUUGGGGUGUGUGGCUGUAUUUAUUAAUAUCUGCUCCAACAGAAUACAGUUUAGAUUUAAUUAUUUUCAUCCCUUUCCCCCCUACUUCCGCUUCUUUGGACACCUUAUUCUUGUAGGAAAGACUUUUCAGUGUGAAAAGUAAGGGAAAUGUUAUCCCAUCUAGUGUUUGCAGAUGUUAGUAGAACAGAAUCUAUCUUAGGAUGUGGCGUGACUCUGAUUCUGUGUGAUAAAGCCAACAAAAAUGGGUCAUAGAGUAAGCCUGUUGUUUUCAUUGGUACAAGACAAAACUUGGUUACAGAUUCUUGUUUAGUUGCAAAGAAGAAAUAGGAAAAUAAAAAUUAGAAUUUAUUGUUUGUAUAACCCUCAGCUUGGUUUAGGAAUGCUGAAAUACACCAAACAAAGAGAUUUCUGUCUAAAAACCCCAGUGUUUUUAAAUCAUACAUUAUUGCAUAUUGUUAUGGGAACUGAAAUAACUGGUCAAAAGGGAACCUUGGUAAAGAUUUCAAAAAAUAUUUUAGUUCAGUUCCUUUUCUGUUUAACAAACUUGUUAAGCAAACUAUAUAUUAUCUUAUUUUCCUUUGUAAAAACAGAAUACUUAUUAUGCUAAAAAUUGUUUUUAACGUAGUUAAAUUAUUUGCUGGACUUGCUAACUGGAGGCAAUGGUACCUUGUAGUAACAAAAGAUAGUUGCGAUGCCCAUGUUUUUGUAUAAUAUUAAAAUUUGCCGUUAGUAAUUUUUUUAUUGCACCCAUCCUGUAUCCAUGGAACUCAUUAUGGAUAUUAGGGAAGGGGUGGUACCUUGCUGGAAGACACAUUGUUUGCCCACCUUUGGUCCUCACCCUACACUCAGCUCCCACCUGUGGCUCCUAGAAGCUGUGAGCAUGCGACAGUGGCCACACCCCAGAAAUGGCUUUGAUUGGCAGGCUAAACCAGGUAAGGAUAGCCAAUGGGUCUCAAACCCUUGGUGAGUUAGGGACUUCCCCUGCAUGCAAAGACAGGCUCCGGCAGAUUGAACAGACAAGACCAAUAGUGGGUCCAACGGUCAAGAAGCUGGUUUAGCACAUGCUGUAGAGGGAAGUGAAGGGCGGAAAGAACUUGUCAACCUGGGAAGAUAGCCCAUCUAGGAGAAGGAAAACUCUGGUCCUAAACCCUUGCUGCCUUGAGGGAUAUAUUUGGGAGAAGAAAAGGCUACAGAGUCAACCCUACAUAAAUCAAGAGUGGAGUCCCUAAGACAGUUGGGUGGUGCCUUGUACGCCUCCUUCCAGCAACUCCUUCAGCCAAGCUGGUACCAAACAUAUUGCUCUGCUUUCCUUUGGACCACGUCAGCGAGGCUGGGGUGUGUGUCUUGUUGUCUGGGCAGCCCAGGACCUCCAGACACUGCCCAGACUUGCGCCCUGGGAAGAACACUUCAGUGCUGCCAACACAGCAUUUUGACUUCACUCCUGGAGGCAUACCCCAUUGUCUUCUGAGACCGACAGAUGCCAACAACAAUAACCUUAUACUGUAUCCCCCUCCUGCUGCUCCUUCCAGAUUCAAGGUGAAAGCCUAGAUCCUAAUCUAGGACAAGAAUGGGGAUAGUUAGUUCCAUUUGAAGGAUCUUACUUCUUGCUUAUUUGCUUACAUGGCUAAGGUACACUUUACCACCACCAUUUGUUCUGUUUUGCUUCACUCUGCUUGUUUAGGGUGUGCUUGUUGCUGUUUUGAAAAAUAAAAUGCACAUUGUAUGAGUUUGCCCCAUCGCAGGAAGGCAUCCCACAGUAAAACAUGCCUUCGUUUCCCUAUAAAAUGUGGGAUUUGUUUCCCUCCAAGUGAAGUAUUUUUAAACAGUUUGUUCCCUUUCAUAAGAACAACAAACAAAAAAACCUUGCAGUCUAUUUUUGAUGUGUAAACCUGGGGGCAGAAUUAUCUUAAGAGUUAAAAGCAUCCAACCAGCUUGUUGUGGUUUGGGCAAAAUCUUUUUCUACAUACAGCUUUACAUCCUGGAAGUAACAACCGGCAAAGUAAAUCUCAAAGUACUUCGUACAACUAUGGCAAGUCAAGUUGCUCAGAUUUACCUGUUUUCAGCGGUGCUUACUUCUAUGUAGAUAUAUGUAUAGGAUUGCACUUUCAAAGGCUUGUGAUCCAGGAAUAACUUUAUCAGGAUCCCAGCCCAAUAAAUUAUAUCUGGCGAUGGACUUCAAAGGGUUUAAUUUACUUCAUGCUGCUUUGUGUUGAGGCAAAAUGGCUUGCAUGUAAAAAAGGUAAAACAUUAAAACAGGAUAAAUGUAAAAGCAAUAGAUGGAUUUCAUACAGUGAUAAACCAGUAUGUAAAACAUUAAAGUCAGCAGUAACAUACCAAAAUAAUCCAGAAACAGUUUAUACUUUAACAAAUAACUGGAAUUAGAAAGUUGUUCCCAACUGAGAAAAAAGGGUGCCUGGCUGUUAGGGAAUUCCAGUCUUGGUAUCACCAGGGAUACCACAUGUGGAUAGGGAUAGAAUUCAGAACUCCAAGGUUGGUCCUAAAGGCUGGGCAGGUUCAUAUGAUAAACAGACGAUUUUUAAAAAAAACCAUAUUGUCCUUAGAGAAUGCUUAAGGCUGAUGUAAGUGUUACCUUCAUAGCUUUGGUAUAGCAUCAUGUGGGUAGAUGGAACAAUGUGGUUACUUCAUGAUCAUCCGCACACUGGACAGAGUGACAAUGUUGGUGCAAGUUCCCAUGUCAUCCUGCCCAUGGUCGUGCUUGACAUUUGUUAGCAACCUUAGAGUUGACCGUACGAAAACAGCUCCAUUCACAAAAGUAACAUUUAAAUCAGACCUUAAGGUGUGUUAAACUGUUUUCUUGAGUAGGGUGCUGAGACGUGAGUGCUACUUCAUUAAAUAAUGAGUACCAACACUUGGAUUCAGAAGGCCAGAUUCAUACAUAAAUGGCAACAGCCAAGCUGCAUUGCUUAACCUUAAUCCAGAAGUGGAGAAAGCAGUAGCCAGGGAAAAGAGAUAAAUUGUGCACAGUGACGUCUUGUGCAAUGGUCUCUGAGUCAAUCCCUUUUGGGGUCUAUGUCGCCCUUGCUGGUUCUGCUAAUCUCCCAGUUUGUCAGCCAGCUGGCAAAGCUCACAUUUAGAGGCUUGGACUUCGUAAUCCCAGAGGUUCUUUUUAGUUCUGUGCUCCUGCUUUCUGAAAAAAAAGUAAAAUCAUUUUUCAAAAGGCAGUUUUAUCCUAUAAAGAAUAAUAAAAGGCUACUGUUCCAUUUUAAGGAGACUUUAUAAAGCAAGAUGCUGUUACCUGAGCUUAAUAUUAGAAUGGAGGGCACUGAUUACUUCACAUGAGUGUCUGAAAGGAUGCCAUUUUAUUUAUUUGCUUGUUGCUCAGUAAGCUCUACGUGCUUUAUUUCCAAAGGUCAGACAGUUCUUUCUGUGAGAUGAAGAGCUGCUCUUUGGAAUGUGUAGGAACCAACAAAGCAACCCCAUCCCCAAAUAUUUUGGACCUAAAAACUGGUUAUUAUUUUUUUUUGGGGGGGGGAAUGUUCUUAAAACACACUUCUGUUUUUUUAAACUUAAUAUUGAAUACAUCCAAACCAAAGCCUUCGAUUUUGCUUUGAAUUUUGCUUUUUCCAUCUAGGUCAAAUGGAACCCCUUAAUAAUAAUUUUCAGAUUUUGUUCUCCUGGAACCCUUUAAUUUUUUUAAAAAAAAUUGGAUUCAAAUCUAUGGUUUAACCCAUACCUUUCAUGAAUUGUAAAAUACCUGCUCCAUUGCUUUUGUGAAUUGUGAAAGUCAUAUCUAACUAGUGCGGGAAACAUGACCUAAAAUGGUAAUGAUGGUGGGUAAGGGACCAGUAAUGAGUUUCAGGUGAAACACACCUGGUCACAGCUGGCUCAUGAAGACAGAAAUCAAAUUAAAAACUGUGUUCCGACUCAUUCAUUAAGACCAGUCAUACGGAUAGCAUUUGUAAGGCCCAAAGGUAUAGUAGUAGCAGCUGAAAAAAAAUUCUUUGAAUCAUUCAGUAAGACAAAAUGUUGCAGCUAAAUCUUCCCAUACCCAGCACAGAAACACAUCAGUUGUUUUACUGCCACCAUCCAUCUCCUCCCUAGCCAUCCCUAUUGUUCACUGCUAGUCCCUGACCCUUCACUGCCCCCUAUCACUUGCUGCUUCUUGCUGACUACAGGUUAUGUUUGUCCCAUGCAGAACUCAAAAGGAGUUGAGUCUGACACAUGGGCAUCAUGCAACUGGUGCAUGACAGUAGCACAGUUGCCAUCUCCACACCAGUACAUGUAUAAUCCUCAUGUUUGCUUUGGCACAAACUACUGUUUUCCAGCACCAAUGGAAUACUGGGAAGUGGGGCUUAUUUAACAAUGGAAUAGCUUGCUGGGACACUGUCGUCUGGGUGGAUUAGCGAUGUCUAUCUGGUCCCUCAGGGAAAACAGUGUCUGUUUAGAAAGGGCCUUAUUAGAGCAAAACAAAGACAUCUACCUGCUUAUAUUGCUGUAUUUCCAGGUUAUUAUCGUCUUAAUGUUUUUUUCCUUUUGGCACACAUUAGGUCGAAAUUUUCAUACCGUAUUAGCAGCCUCUGGCAUUGCUGAGAGGGAAACAAGCUUGCUGAUUUCCUUCUCCACAACCAACUUGGUUUUUGGUUGUUUUGUUUUGUUUUGUAGAAUGUUCAGGAGUUCCUCUGAAAAUCACUGUUUGUUUCAGGCAUCUAUGGCUGGGGGACCCAUAAUCCUGAAAGGAGUGGGAGGGAGGGAGAGACCUACAUUUUGUAGCAGCUAAAUCAGCUGAGCUUAUUUGCAGUUUGUCUUUGGAGAAUUUGAGCUUCCAGGAUGAGAAGCUAUCUGCUUGACUUUUUGCAGCAUGGGCCGGAUGUUGAUUGUGAAGGGUUUUUUGUGGCUUACAACACAAGCAGUUUAAGCGCAAUCCACUUAAUGCAUGUGGGAGCUAUUGAAGAGGGCCCCUGACAAGCAUGUGCAGGAAUAUGCUAACCUGUGGCCCUCCAGAUGUUGCUAGAUUACAGCUAACACCAUCCCUGGCCAUGCUUGUUGGGGCUGAUGGGAGUUAAGUCCAGUAACAUCUGGAAGGCCACAGGCUAGUCACCCUGAUGUACAACAGGAGUCUGAGUGCCAGUUUUGCUUUCUUUAUGUGACCUUGGGAAACCUGAAGUUCAGCUGUUCAACUAUAAGAUGAGAAGCCUGGCCCCGUAAGCCAAUUGUGGUUGCGAAUCUGGGCCUCUCCAUGGAGGUUUUGUUUCCAUUAGUAGUGUAUCAUAAGAAUAAAAGUACCACCCUCCUGGGUCACUCCAAACCUCCAUAUAGCUCAACAUCCUAUUUCCCAUAGUGGUCAACCAGAUAUUUCUGGGAAGCCCAGAAGCAGAGCAGGAAGGCAAUAGCCUCCCCCAUGGUUGACUCUUAGUGUUUUGGUACCCAGUGGUAUACCUCCUCUGGACAUGUCUGUGAGCCAUAUUCCCAUCCAGUGCUGGUGGUGCUUGCUAAAUGAUUCCCAUUCCAUGUAUUGAAAUGGAGGUGUUGGUAGCUUUGCUGUCUCAUUACUUCUUUCUGUGUUCCAUCAUUCCUCCUUUCAUAGCCCAAUUAAGGAAUCAUAUUGCUCCGAAUCACAAGAUAAAUGGCUCUUUCAUUCAGGUUACUUUUGUCAAAGAGGGACACUGUCAAAUGUCGAAAUAAAAAAUAUAAAUUGCAGGAGAAGGGUUGGAUGGCUGGAGCUUAAUCCAAGACAGUCUUUCAUUACUUGCUCCCUAAUAAAAGAGCAUACUACGAAGGGAGCUCACAUCAUUUGAAAAGUGGAUUCUUGAUUCUGAGGAAGGUACAAGGGCUUAGUCUCUUAAGGUGUAUGGUUUGCUGCUUGAUCUGACAAUGUCAAACUUUGAUAACUUUAAGGCUGUAUGGGAAAUAGAUUUAGGAAAGCAAAUUGACCCAGCAUGCUAUAUUUCCUUUAGGUUGGCUGAUAAAAACAUUCAGAAUGAUAUUGUCCUCUGUUAAGUACAACUAUUUAAAGAUUAUUCACAGGUUAGGCUGUUAGAGACCUACUAGCACCUCUGGCGACAAUGCUUAGUAGAAAUAUUUUAGGAGAAUGUCAUUGAGGAGAUGAGCCAAGUGUCAAGUCACCAAAGAUCCACAACUAUGGCUUCUAUCACUUUUGGGGGAUGUCUCAAUUUAGACAUUGUUGCCAAAGAAUUGUUCCAACAUAUGGCGGUAGUGGCUAGAUUUAUAUUGUCCUAACAUUGGAAAAAUGCUAAUGGGCUGAACUUGAGAAGCUGGUAUAAGAAGUUAUGGUAUUUAGUGACCAUGGAGAUACUAACACACUACUUUCAAGGAUUAAGGGAGCAAACACAAAUUGAAUCCUUUCAUACAGCUUUGCAAGAUUUUGUUUAGUUUGUGAAACUGAUAAACACAGAGAUGCAAUUAUCAUCACAAUAUGUCUUAAUUUGGAACAGUUUGUAAAGCCUAAUCCAGAAUGAAUCUGAUCCCAGCCUGUUGUUGGGAAUGUACACUGAAAGAAGACGGACACUGAUACUCCAUCCUGUUUUGGCAUUGAUGUUUGUAUAAUCUGCUUGUCCAAAGGAAAGCAGAAACGGUUAUUGGAUCUUUUUUGUUACUUGUGGAGUUUGUAUAUACUAUGUAAAUCACAAUAAAUUUAAAAAUAAAAUGGGAGACGUGAUGUUAAUACUCUUCCACUGUGUAGGUUAGUGGGGAGAACUAGCCCAAAUUAUAGUCCUUUCUACUUCUCUGUCUUGCCAGUCGGUGGAGGUGACAGAUGUGCACCUCUGCAUCUUACAGAUGCUGCAUGGUAGACCUUGUAAGUGGCUGCAUGACUCCUUGUUACUAAAAUCCAUCAUGUGUUAGUACUUGUGGCUUUCUCCAAGAAUUGGGCUGUUCUACCAGCUAAAUACAAUGAAAGUAGAGCCCUUUAAUUAAAUACUAUCAUUCCUUAACUCAUAUUUGCUUGGCAAACAGUCACUCUAAUAAGAAAGUCUAAGAAAACAACAAUGCAACCCCGGUUUCUGUCAUUUUGGAUGUAAUAAUUGCUUUGAAAGGAUUACACUAGAUUAGAGGCAAAACCAAAUGUGGAGAGGUUAUAGAGCCUUCUCUUACACGACAGAAUGUUGUUGAGAACAUGCCUUUCCAGCGUCUGGCUGGCAGGAAGAAGUAAAAAGAUGAUUCCCAUGGCCAGUACGUAACGUGACGAGCUUGAGAGAACCGCGAAGUGCUUUAAGGUAAUCUGGCCAGUGAAGCGUUGCUUUACCGAAGGGUGGUCUCUGAAUCAAUCACAGCCUUUGGCAAGAUGUUGGCCUCCAAAUUGAAACCAGACAUGUUUUCAGUUCAUUCUCUGGGUUACUACUGUUCAAUGGUGAUUUACAAGAGAGUGUGAGCAAUGGCAGACUCUCACGCAACUUUCAGAUAUGCCCUAAACAAAUGCACAUUUUUAAAACUGCCCCGCUGCAAAAUAAUGCCUUCAAAAGGAAAUAGUCUGGAAAGAGAAUUUGUCCAGAGAGGAAUGCUCUUGUUUUCAACACACACCCCUGUAAACCACCCAGCAGUGACACUGUGCAUUGCAUGGUGCGAAAGUAGCAGAGACCAAUUCAUAAACACAGGGACAAAAUGUACUCCUGAAUGGAUUUGGUAAAUUGCGAAUUGGGAAAACUUCUUCCAUUGUUCAGUGACCCAUCCCAGGGGGGUCAUUUCCAUUGGGGUACAUAGUUUUUUUUCCCAAUUUUGAUGGGUUUUAAUCUUAUUCCAAAACAAUGAUGUAUUUAGGCAACUCUUCCAUUGGGUCCAUUCUCAUUAACAGCAGUUAUGUUUCAUAUCGGGCCAAAUAAUCCUGGCACCUCUGAAGAGAUGUUGUUUUCUUCAUUCAUCACUGUAAUUCCUCCUCUGCUUCCCAUGUGCUUGAGACUUACUGAGAGGCAGUUUCUCAGAUGGUGGACAGGAAACCAAUGUCUCUCAAAUUUAAACCAGCUAAAGUGGACAUUUUAUGGUGGCAACGCAUGUUGUGAAUGAUGUGCUAUGAAGUGCAUUUGAGUACCAUCUUUUAUUCAGCUUUUCCUACAAGAAAAAUCUACUGGUGUUUUAUAUCACUCCCAGAAUUCAACAUGACCAAAGGUCCAAGAACCCAAUAGAGAAAAUAUGUUGGCUGAUCUCCACCUGGCAUCUGGAUUGGGUUCCUGGUGGAUGCAAUUAAGGCCUUAGCCCUUUGGAGUAUUUCUGCAUGAACGGGCCAUUCAGUUUUAAUGUGAAAAUAUUUGCAUCCCUUGAACUCAUAUAUACAUAUAUGUUACUUUUGCAGUUGCAUGUGUAAACCACUUCCACUGCAAUUUAUUGCCUUGUUGUUUUGAAUCUUGAAGAUGCCUCAGAUGCCUGCGGUCAGGCAAAAAGACAGGAUAUAAAUGUUAUAAAUAAAUAAACAGUGGUCAAGAGAGAGACAGAGAAAUGUAAACUAGGUGAUUGGUA